UAAACAGAAGAAGAGGAAGAAGUGGCAGCUCAGCUCAGCUCAGCCAGUGCCGCUGCCUGCUGCAGAGGACGCAGACGCCGAUUAUUGGAGCCGCUGACGGCUGGAUCUGUCUCUGCUUCUGGGGAACAAGUCUGCCACAGUCAUGCUGGCUGUUCUAGUUGGAGGAAAGCUGAUCGCCUGAGCUUGAGGUGCUCUCUUACUGGUGUCAAACAUGUCGGAUAAAAUGUCCAGCUUCUUGCACAUUGGGGACAUCUGCUCCCUGUACGCAGAAGGAUCCACCAAUGGUUUCAUCAGUACCCUGGGCUUGGUAGAUGACCGUUGCGUUGUCCAGCCUGAUGCAGGAGACCUCAACAAUCCCCCGAAGAAGUUCAGGGACUGUCUGUUUAAGCUUUGCCCCAUGAACCGCUACUCGGCCCAGAAGCAGUUCUGGAAAGCAGCAAAGCCUGGCGGGAACACGGACACAGUGCUGCUCAACAAGCUUCAUCAUGCUGCUGACCUGGAGAAGAAACAAAACGAUUCUGAAAACAAAAAGCUCCUGGGAACAGUGAUACAGUAUGGAAAUGUCAUUCAGCUGCUUCACCUGAAGAGCAACAAAUACCUGACGGUAAACAAACGGCUGCCAGCUCUGUUGGAGAAAAACGCCAUGAGGGUGAUGUUGGACACUGCAGGAAAUGAAGGCUCCUGGUUCUAUAUUCAGCCCUUCUACAAACUACGCUCUAUUGGGGACAGUGUGGUGAUUGGUGACAAAGUGGUCCUCAACCCAGUAAAUGCUGGUCAGCCACUACAUGCUAGCACACAUCAGCUUGUGGAUAACCCAGGAUGCAAUGAGGUAAACUCUGUCAACUGUAACACCAGCUGGAAGAUUGUCCUGUUUAUGAAAUGGAGUGACAACCAGGAGUGCGUCUUGAAAGGAGGUGACGUUGUACGGCUUUUCCAUGCAGAGCAGGAGAAGUUUCUCACAUGUGAUGAUCACAGAAAAAGGCAAUAUGUAUUCCUGCGCACUACUGGACGUCAGUCUGCUACGUCGGCAACCAGCAGCAAAGCCCUCUGGGAGAUCGAGGUGGUACAGCAUGAUCCGUGUCGAGGCGGGGCGGGCUACUGGAACAGUCUUUUCAGGUUCAAACACCUGGCUACUGGACACUACUUGGCUGCAGAGGUUAACCCAGAGUAUGAAGACGAAGGCAUCGACUUUGGUUCUCCGCUUGACUCAGAGCAGCAUGCCCUGAGAUCCCGUUUGAAAAAUGUCCAAGAUAAGGUCAUGUACACACUUAUAUCUGUUCCUGAUGGAAAUGACAUCUCCUCCAUAUUCGAAUUGGACCCGACCACCUUAAGGGGGGGAGACUCUCUUGUGCCCAGAAACUCAUAUGUGCGGCUUCGACACCUCUGCACCAAUACGUGGGUUCACAGCACCAACCAACCGAUAGACAAGGAAGAAGAAAAACCCGUCAUGCUGCGGAUCGGCACAUCUGCACAUAAGGAGGACAAAGAGGCGUUCGCCAUCGUGCCCGUCUCCCCAGCCGAAGUUAGGGACCUGGAUUUUGCUAACGAUGCCAGUAAAGUUCUGGCCUCUAUUGCAGGAAAGCUGGAAAAAGGCACUAUCACCCAGAAUGAGAGGAGAGCGGUAACAAAGCUUCUGGAGGAUUUGGUGUUCUUUGUUGUGGACAUUCCCAACAAUGGACAGGAUGUUCUGGAAAUUAUGGUGAACAAACCCAACAGGGAGCGACAGAAACUCAUGAGAGAGCAGAAUAUUCUCAAACAGAUCUUCAAACUGCUACAGGCUCCGUUCACAGACAGCGGGGAUGGGCCAAUGCUGCGUUUGGACGAGUUGGCAGACCAGCGUCAUGCCCCCUUCAGACACAUCUGCCGUCUGUGUUACAGGGUCCUGCGUCACUCUCAGCAGGAUUACCGCAAAAAUCAGGAGUACAUCGCCAAACAGUUUCGCUUCAUGCAGAAACAGAUUGGCUACGAUGUCCUGGCCGAGGACACCAUCACGGCUUUGCUCCAUAACAACAGAAAACUGCUGGAGAAGCACAUUACUGCUGCAGAGAUCGACACAUUUGUUAGCCUGGUUCGCAAGAACCGGGAGCCCAGGUUCUUGGACUACUUGUCAGAUCUGUGUGUGUCGAUGAAUAAGUCCAUCCCUGUGACACAAGAGCUCAUCUGCACUGCAGUGUUGGACCCGGCAAAUGCAGACAUCCUCAUAGAAACAAAAUUGGUGCUCUCAAGGUUUGAGAUUGAAGGAGAGCAGCUUGGGGAGAACUCUCUGGAAGCAGAGGAGGAUGAGGAGGAAGUGUGGUUGUUCUGGAAUAACAGUGAUAAAGAACUCCGCAGUAAAAGCAUCAGGGAGCUGGCUCAGGAUGCCAAAGAGGGCCAGAAGGAGGACAAAGAAGUGAUCAAUUACUACAGGUACCAGCUGAACCUGUUUGCCAGGAUGUGUUUGGAUCGUCAGUAUCUGGCAAUCAACAAGAUCUCCAUCCAGCUGGAUGUAGACCUGAUCUUGAGGUGCAUGUCGGACGAAGACCUGCCUUUUGACCUACGCGCUUCAUUCUGUCGGCUGAUGCUACACAUGCAUGUGGAUCGGGACCCCCAGGAACAAGUCACGCCAGUCAAAUACGCUCGGCUUUGGUCUGAGAUCCCAUCGGAAAUCUCCAUUAACGACUAUGACAACGAUGGGAUGACCAAGGAUAAAAUAAAGGAGCGAUUCUCGGAGACAAUGGAGUUUGUUGAAAACUACCUCAGAGACGUGGUGUGUCAGAACUUUCCAUUUGCAGACAAGGAAAAGAACAAGCUCACCUCUGAGGUGGUGAAUCUGGCCAGGAAUCUGAUUUAUUUCGGCUUCUACAACUUCAGUGACCUGCUCAGACUAACUAAGAUCCUGCUGGCUAUUCUGGAUUGUGUCCAUGUUAGCACCAUUUUCCCGUUCACCAAGCUGGACAAAGGAGAUGGAAGCAGAAGCAGCAAUGUAAUGAGGUCUAUUCAUGGCGUUGGAGAGCUGAUGUCCCAAGUAGUCCUGAGAGGAGGCGGGUUCCUUCCUAUAGAUCCAAGCAGCCGUUCGGACGGAGGCACAGUGAAGACACAGAUUGAACCUGAGAAACAGGACAUACUGGUCAUGGACACUAAACUCAAGAUUAUAGAGAUCCUGCAGUUUAUCCUGAAUGUCCGUCUGGACUACAGGAUCUCCUGUCUUCUGUCAAUCUUCAAGAGGGAGUUUGAUGAGAGUAAUUCCCAGAACGAGUUAUCUAUAAGUGGAGCAGUAGAAGGACCAAACAAUAUGCCAGGAGCUUUGGAUUUUGAGCACAUAGAGGAGCAAGCAGAGGCCAUCUUUGGUGGAAGUGAGGAUAACACACCUCUCGACUUGGAUGAUCACGGUGGUCGAACCUUCCUGAGGGUAUUACUGCACUUAACCAUGCAUGAGUACCCUCCGCUGGUAUCCAGAGCCCUGCACCUGCUAUUCAGGCAUUUCAGCCAAAGGCAGGAGGUCCUACAGGCCUUCAAACAGGUGCAGUUGCUGGUGACAAGCCAAGAUGUGGACAAUUACAAGCAGAUAAAGGAGGACUUGGAUAAGUUGCGGUCUAUAGUUGAGAAAUCUGAGCUGUGGGUGUACAAGAGGCAGGGACCCGAUGAGGGCUUGGAUGGAGGAGAGGGGCUGCCAGCUGAGCAGGAACUUCAAAAGGAUGACUCCUCCACACACAAACCAAGGAAGGCAGAAAGUUCCAGCAGCAAAAACUACAGAGUGAUAAAAGAGGUCUUGCUGCGUCUGAGCAGAUUGUGUAUCCAAGAAGGUUUGUCUGGUCGAAAGAGCCGAAAACAGCAGCAGAGGCUCCUGAGAAACAUGGGCGCUCAUUCCGUGGUCCUUGAGCUGCUGCAGAUACCUUAUGAAAAGGGAGAAGAUGUCCGCAUGCAGGACAAUAUGAAACUAGCCCACGAGUUUCUACAGAACUUCUGUGCAGGAAACCAGCAAAACCAGGCUCUGCUCCAUAAACACAUCAAUCUUUUCCUCAAUCCAGGGAUAUUAGAAGCCGUCACCAUGCAGCACAUUUUUAUGAACAACUUCCAGCUGUGCAGCGAGAUCAAUGAGCGCGUGGUCCAGCACUUCGUCCAUUGCAUUGAAACCCACGGCCGCAACGUCCAGUACCUCAAAUUCUUACAGACCAUUGUCAAAGCUGAGAACAAAUUCAUCAAAAAGUGUCAGGACAUCGUAAUGGCAGAGCUGGUAAAUGCUGGAGAAGACGUUCUGGUCUUCUACAAUGAUCGAGCCUCUUUCCAGACUCUGGUCCAGAUGAUGCGGUCAGAGCGGGAUAGGAUGGAUGAGAACAGCCCACUUAGGUACCACAUACACCUGGUGGAGCUGCUUGCUGUCUGCACUGAGGGCAAGAAUGUUUACACUGAGAUCAAGUGCAACUCCCUCUUACCACUGGACGAUAUAGUGCGGGUGGUCACCCAUGAAGACUGCAUCCCUGAGAUCAAGAUUGCAUACAUCAACUUUUUAAACCACUGCUAUGUGGACACUGAGGUGGAAAUGAAGGAGAUCUACACCUCCAACCACAUGUGGAAACUCUUUGAUAACUUUCUGGUUGACAUUUGCAGAGUGUGCAACAACACAAGUGACCGUAAGCAUGCAGACAAUGUUCUGGAAAGCUACGUGACUGAGACGGUGAUGAGCAUUGUAACCACGUUUUUCAGCUCCCCUUUCUCCGACCAGAGCACAAGCCUGCAGACCAGGCAACCUGUUUUUGUGCAGCUGCUGCAGGCAGUUUUCAGGGUCUACCAUUGCUACUGGCUUGGGUCUGGCCAGAAGGGUUCUGUUGAAACCUGCAUCAAAGUGCUCUCUGAUGUUGCCAAAAGCAGAGCAAUAGCCAUCCCGGUGGACCUGGACAACCAGGUGAACAACCUGUUUGUGAGAUCCAACAACAUAGUGCAGAGGACCGCCACAAGCUGGAGGCUGUCCGUUCGCAACUCACAGCUUUCAACUCGCAGAGAAUCUGUGGUGACUGUGUCGAGGGACUACAGGAAUAUUAUCGAAAGGCUGCAGGACAUUGUGUCAGCUCUUGAGGAUCGUCUGCGCCCACUGGUCCAGGCUGAGCUAUCCGUCCUGGUGGAUGUGCUGCAUCGACCUGAGCUGCUUUUCCCAGAGAACACUGACUCACGCAGGAAGUGUGAGAGCGGGGGGUUCAUAUGCAAGCUGAUCAAGCAUACCAAACAGUUGCUGGAAGAAAAUGAAGAGAAAUUGUGCAUCAAAGUUCUGCAAACACUUCGAGAGAUGAUGACAAAGGACAGAGGUUAUGGAGAGAAGGGCGAGGCGCUCAGACGGAUUCUGGUGAGCCGUUACUAUGGAAACUUCCACAGGAGCGGUGGGCGGAGGGACAGCCUGACGUCAUUUGGCAAUGGCCCCCUCAGUCCGGUAGGACCGGGCAGAAGCCAAUCAGCUUUAGGGGGCUCAGGCGGCCUCAGUCGGGCGGAGAUGACCCUGGCUGAAGUUCAGUGUCAUUUGGACAAAGAAGGAGCUUCUGAUCUUGUUAUUGAUCUAAUUAUGAACACUACUAGUGACAGAGUCUUCCAAGAAAGCAUCCACUUGGCCAUUGCAUUGCUGGAAGGAGGAAACACAACCAUCCAGCGCUCAUUCUUUUGUCGUCUGACUGAUGACAAAAAAUCAGAGGAGUUCUUCCGAGUUUUCUACAACCGUAUGAAGUCGGCUCAGCAGGAAAUCAAAGCAACAGUGACCGUAAACACCAGCGAUUUAGGAAACAAAAGAAGAGACGAUGACAGCCAGGACAGAGAUGUCCCCACUCGCAAAAAAGCUCGAGAUUCAACUGUAGCGAUGACAGAAGAUGUGAAAGAGCAGUUAAUAGAGGCUUCAUCUGCAACCAAGAAAGCCUUCAAUUCUUACAGACGAGAAGCUGACCCAGAGGACCAUGGCUCCUCAGCAGAUGGCCUGCCCAGCACUGGGGCCAACAAUCAUGAGGAAAAGAUGAGCUUUGUGGUUGUUAUCAUGCAGCCCAUUCUUCGCUUCUUGCAGCUACUGUGUGAAAACCACAACCAUGACCUGCAGAACUUCCUUCGUUGUCAGAACAAAAAGAACAACUACAACCUGGUAUGUGAGACCUUGCAAUUCUUGGACUGCAUCUGCGGCAGCACCACAGGAGGCCUCGGCCUGCUGGGGCUGUACAUCAACAAGGACAACGUUGCCCUCAUCAACCAGACACUGGAGAGCCUAACAGAGUACUGCCAAGGCCCCUGUCAUGAAAACCAGAAUUGUAUAGCAACACAUGAGUCCAAUGGCAUCGACAUCAUUAUUGCACUAAUUUUGAAUGACAUCAACCCGCUUGGAAAAAAACGUAUGGAUCUAGUGUUAGAGCUAAAGAACAAUGCCUCCAAGUUGCUGCUCGCCAUCAUGGAGAGCCGACAUGACAGUGAGAAUGCAGAAAGGAUCCUGUACAACAUGAAGCCUAAAGAGCUGGUGGAGGUAAUAAAGAAGGCAUACCUACAAGGUGAGGUAGAGUUUGUGGACAUAAAGGAGGAAGAGGAUGCUAGAGAUGAAGAGGAACAUGAUGCUGCUUCUCCCCGAAAUGUUGGACACAACAUCUACAUUCUGGCUCACCAGUUGGCGCGUCAUAAUAAAGAACUCUCCAUGAUGUUAAAGCCUGGAGGUGCCAGCGGAGACGGCGACGAGGCGUUGGAGUUUUACGCCAAGCACACUGCUCAGAUAGAGAUUGUGCGUCAGGAUCGCACCAUGGAGGAGAUAGUGUUUCCCGUACCCAACAUCUGUGAGUUCCUGACCUCAGAGUCCAAGUUGCGAGUCUACUACACCACUGAGAGAGACGAACAGGGGAGCAAAAUAAAUGACUUCUUCCUGCGAGCGGAGGACCUCUUUAAUGAGAUGAACUGGCAAAAGAAGCUCAGAGCUGAACCAGUGCUAUACUGGUGCUCAAGAAACAUGUCCGUGUGGAGCAGCAUCUCCUUUAAACUGGCCUUGCUCAUGAAUCUGCUGGUCUGCUUCUUUUACCCCCUGGAGGGGGUACAUGCAGGAAUGCUGGAGCCCCGUUUGUCUGUACUGCUGUGGAUGGGAUUGUUUGCUGCACUGGUACUUGUUGUGCUCAUGCCACAGCCGCUGGGUAUCCUUGCCCUGGUCGCAGUCACAAUUCUCCGUCUGAUCUUCUCUGUGGGCCUGGAGCCUACACUCUUCCUCCUAGGUGCCUUUAAUGUUGGUAAUAAAAUCAUCUUCCUGAUUAGUUUUGUUGGAAACCGAGGGACUUUCACACGAGGAUAUAAAGCCAUGGUUAUGGACUUUGAGUUCCUCUAUCAUCUCAUCUACCUCAUCAUCUGUUGCCUGGGCGUGUUUGGUCAUGUCUUUUUCUACAGCUUGUUGUUGUUUGAUUUGGUGUACAGAGAAGAGACCCUGCUGAACGUGAUCAAGAGUGUGACCCGAAACGGGCGCUCCAUCGUGUUGACAGCAGUGCUUGCUCUCAUUCUGGUCUACCUGUUCUCCAUCGUCGGCUACAUCUUCUUCAAAGACGAUUUUAUCUUAGAGGUGGAUCGCAUCGCCAACGAAAGCCAAAAUGGUGGAGGCAGUCUUGCCGGAGAGUUUCUAAGCACAGGAAUGUGUCAAGGAGGUAUUGAUGAGAACUGCAGCUCCAAUGCUCUACAGGAAGAGUUUGGGAUCAACAACGAAGAUGAAGGCAACAUGGAGCGUACGUGUGACUCUCUGCUCAUGUGUAUUGUUACGGUGCUGAGUCAUGGCUUGAGGAGCGGAGGGGGUGUGGGGGACGUUCUCCGUAAGCCUUCUAAGGAGGAGCCAUUGUUUGCAGCCAGGGUGAUUUACGACCUGCUCUUCUUCUUCAUGGUCAUCAUCAUCGUCCUUAACCUCAUCUUUGGUGUCAUCAUUGAUACCUUUGCUGACCUGAGAAGCGAAAAGCAGAAGAAAGAAGAGAUUCUGAAGACUACGUGCUUCAUUUGUGGUCUGGAGCGCGAUAAGUUUGACAAUAAGACAGUGACUUUUGAAGAGCACAUCAAAGAGGAGCACAACAUGUGGCAUUACCUGUAUUUCAUAGUUUUGGUAAAGGUGAAAGAUUCAACAGAAUACACAGGACCUGAGAGCUACGUGGCAGAGAUGAUCAAGGAGCACAACCUAGACUGGUUUCCUCGGAUGAGGGCCAUGUCUCUGGUAAGCAGUGACUCAGAGGGGGAGCAGAAUGAAAUCAGGAGCCUGCAGGAGAAGCUGGAGUCAACAAUGAGGCUGGUGGUCAACCUGUCUGGACAGCUGACAGAGCUUAAGGAGCAGAUGACUGAGCAGAGGAAGCAGAAACAACGAAUAGGUCUUCUGGGUCAUCCCCCACAUCUGAACAUUAAUCCCCAGCAGCCUGCAUGAUUUCCCUGGAGGACAGUUCAACUUUCACCAGUGCCCCAGUAACCCACAACAGAGCACUAUAAUGUGCCCAAAUGUAUUCAGGCUGGAUGUCCGACUGUAUGGUCGAUCUGAUCCUUCUGAAAUAUGCUCUUCAGCAGACAUGUUUGUACAUAUGUGUCUACAUGAAGUGAAAGUUUUAACCCUCUGCAGUGUGGGUGUGUCUAGGUGGGUUAAGUUUGCACAAAGUGCCUGGAAACCUUAGAAGUCAGUCUUGUCAGUCAAGGAAAUGAACACAUUGACUUAAGGGUCAGGAACCCAACUGUUUUCACCUUUUUUUUUUUUUUUUUUGUUUCCCUUCUGAAAGCCAAAGUUCAGCCAUUGUUGCUGAAGGAGAUUUUCUCCUUAAGUGUCCUUUUGUCAUGGGUGGAAUCCCCAGUGUGGGACUGCAAACUCAGGCCACAUGUCGAUUUGAAGGUUUGUUUCAGCAUGUUAUUUAAUAACGGUUUCAUCUGAAUUUAUAGAAAUGUUAUAUGCAAUGUUGAAACAAGGAUGAAAUGUGUUGAUGUUUUUGUUUUUUAGUUUUUAAAGAGUGUGUUUUAUAUUUAGCACAUAAAGACAAAAAAAAAAACCUUGAAGAGAACCAGAUCUCAAAGUACCCCUUAAUAUGUUGUCUUAAUUAUCUAAUAAAAAAAACAUAGUUUUUGUUUUUAUAUCAAGUAUUUAUCAAUUCCAGAAGUCUUUAAAGGAUCUCUCAGUGAGGUCUAUUUUGUCCUAGGAGAGUUCAUACAAAAACUGAAAGAUUUCUUAGAAGCUGUUAGUAAAGAUGACAUGUCUUAAAAAUAAUCCUAAGCAUUUACUUUAAAGGAUGUGUUGUAUAAAUUCACUGGAGGGUCAAUGCAAGUCCUUCCAAAUAUCUCUAUUUUGUUAUUAUUAAUAGGGGCUUAAAAUCAAUUAAACACAAACUUUAUUGUGUCUACACUGAAUUAAGUAUGGGUUUUUUAAUAUUUAGUCCAAAGCACUGAUACUGUCUGUAGCACACAACUACUUUGUAAAACAUCAUCAUGAGAAUGCCUUUUGAAGUGUUUAAGAGUAUGAGGUCACUUGGCAUGCUGCUUGACCAAACUAAGCUUUUCUACUAUUUGACAAUUUGUGUCUGAUUUGUACAUUCUUUUCUUGGAGUUUAUUUAAAUAAAGACGUGUGUAAAAUA